CUCUUAAAGUGAUGUUGCUCAUCGUUUCUGGCGUCAGAACCCAGUCUAACGUCCUCGAGACAUCAACUUAGCUCAGGUUGAGAUCGCCAUUGAGUAAUUUGAUCAAGUUGCAAAUAAAACAACGAAAAUAUUGACCCACGCCGCGAGACGAUCUCUGACAUGAUCGGUCGACCUUCUCGUUGCCACGAAAAGGACCAGUGAAAGAGAUUGAUCGGAACACACGGAACACACGGAACACACCCAAGGAUUCGGGCCAAUCUCGUCCUUCGCUCCUCUCCCCAUCAGGAUGGGCAAUCACGUCCAGAAAGAAUCUCCCAAUCGGUCCGCCCAACAUGACCAAUUGUCGGAGAAGGGGCGGCCCAAGAAACUUCCCCAAGACAUUCUGACAGACGAGGAGAUUGAUAACAUUCAGCAAACUUGGCCACACCUCAAGAAACACAUCAUUCCAAUCCUCACACAGGCCUUUUUGGAGCUGUUCACGGAAAAUCCAGAUGUGAAAGAUAAAUUUCUUGGAUUCCGGAACUACAGCAUCUCUGAUCUACAAAGACACGAGAAGGAAGGAGAGAACGCCCUUCAACGUCAUGUUCCACGUGUGGCUCGAGCUGUGGUCAAAGUGGUGUCCCAUGUUGCAAACCUCGAUGAUGUCCUCGACUACUUGGAGUGCGUGGGGAAGAUCCAUCAACGAAAUGGCAUCAUGAACCACGAAAUGAUUGCCUUGGGUCCGUUUUUCGUGAGUGCCGCAGUCCAAUACCUGCCCUCAAAACUUCGAGGUCGACAAGACAUUCAGGACUCAUGGAUCAGGCUCUUCAUGGUCAUGACCGAGCUCAUGAAGCGAGGGGCGGGUGACGUGGAAAUCGAGCUCUCCGACGACGAGAAAACCCACAUCAAGCGCACCUUCCAGCUCCUCAAGGCCAACCUGAAGGAAUUGGGCACGGCCACUUUCAUCAAUUUGUUCCAGAAUUACUCCACCUCCAAGAUGUUCUUCCCGACUAUCAAGGACUCGCCGCUCGAAGACCUGACCCUCAAUGAAGCCCUCCAAAACCACGGACUGAGACUGAUGAAGGUGAUUGAAAACGUGAUAGCCGAUAUUGACAACCCCCGGCAAGUGGACAUCUACCUGGCCCAAUUGGGCCAAAUGCACCAGACCAUGGGUCUGGAGAAGAAAUACCUGGACGUGAUGGGACCAAUCUUCUGCCAAUCCAUUCGAUCCGUCCUCCAAGAAGAAGGCGAAUGGAGCAUGGAUAUUCGCCACGCCUGGCUCCAUCUGUUCCGAGUCAUGGUUAUCAAAAUGAAGCGGGGAUUCAAAGUCUUCCCUGAAAUCAGUCCGAUCCAUGACAAUGAGGAGGACGAGGACGAGGACCAUCACGACCAUCAGCAACAACAUCAUGCACACCAUCAUCACGGAGAGACUCUCCUACCUGGGGAAGCAAAGCUCUUCAAUGGCAGUGGGGAACACGCCAAGAAGGAGAAGAUCAGUCACAACAACAACGGCCUUUAUCGAAAGAGACACAGCCAUCAUUCCGAAACCAGACGCAAAUCCAAUGUCUAGCCAGCCAACAUAUUCGCACCAUGAACAACUCGUUUCAUGAAAUAAUUAAUACCCUGUGUGGUGAAGCAAUUCUGUUCAGAGAUUAUCGUCCUAUUCUCCGUUAUUUGCACAAUAUAUUUCCUGACAAAGUGAUUCCUUAAUUAUAUGUCUUGGACUCCCUUCCA